AUGUGGCUGAGCUGGAAGCUUGCUCGGAGGGUGGUUAUCGGUACAUGCACGUUCGAUUUAGAAACCUGUCCACUGUGCCUGGGCUCCUACUCGGUUGCUCUGCCACUCGCCCGCGUGCCGCUCACCAUGGACAUGUACGGCUUUGACUUGCAGAUCAGGUUCUCCGUACCGGGGUGGACACUCAAGUGUUCCUUCGGACCUUCAUCGCACAUGAUACAUCCCCGCCUCUCGACACAUCAAAAUGAGGCGAUCGGCCUCCUCUCGCUCACCAUCAACCCCGAAUACCGUGCACCCCCGGCCGCUCCGACCUUUAUUAAGCUGGAGACAUGGACGAGAGACCUGAAGUCCCUGGAGAAUUGUCAGGCAUCAAUUGCUAGUACAAGAAGCUUCUCUGAUCCAGAGACGUAA